CAAGAAGAGGAUGUCCCGUAUCUCAGUUGAGAUGAGGCUCUCGGUGACGUCUGUCUUCACAGUCGUUCUUCUAGUAGCUGCUCAACAAGAUGUUUGUGUGAAGGGUGAGCUGUUGUUUGAAGAAGAUUUUAACGUGUUCAAUUUAAGUGUUUGGCAACAUGAGCUGACAAUGAGUGGUGGAGGAAAUUGGGAGUUUCAGUUAUAUGACAAUAAUCGUGCCAACAGCUAUGUUCGAGAUGGUAUUUUGUAUAUCAAGCCAACUCUCCUUUCUGAUGCUAUCGGGGAGGCAAACGUACAAAACGGAUACACGAUGAAUAUGUGGGGCGGGACUCCUGCUGACCUGUGCACGGGAAAUCAUUUUUAUGGUUGUCUUCGGACAAGCGGAGCAGGAGGGAAUGUUCUCAAUCCAAUAAGAUCUGCUCGAAUUCGCACUGUAAAGUCAUUUAGUUUUAAGUAUGGACGAGUGGAAGUCAAAGCAAAGUUGCCAAAAGGAGAUUGGCUUUGGCCAGCAAUCUGGAUGCUACCGACGUAUAACCAAUAUGGAGGUUGGCCUUCGAGUGGUGAGAUUGAUAUUAUGGAAUCACGAGGGAACAAUGCCAGCUAUCCAGCUGGAGGCGUCGAUGCGUUUGGCAGUACACUUCACUGGGGACCGUAUGCUCUUGAAAAUGGCUAUGCAAAGACAACGGUGCAGAAGAAACUCGACAGUGGAGAUUUUUCUCAAGACUUUCACAUAUACGGACUAAUUUGGAAUGAGACGUACAUCGGGACAUACCUUGACGACCCAUCGAAUGUCACUCUUUCGGUACCGAUAACGGAGUCAUUUUGGGACAGAGGAGGAUAUGCUGGAAAGAAUUAUGACAAUCCUUGGGCUGCAGGAGGUCGUAAUGCACCAUUCGACCAAGAGUUUUACUUUGUUAUCAAUCUCGCAGUCGGUGGAACCAAUGGAUAUUUUCCUGACAAUCAGGGAGGCAAACCAUGGUCAAACUUGUCUCCGCAUUCUGUCAACGAAUUUUGGAAUGACAAGAGCAGUUGGUAUAGUACUUGGAACGGAGAGGAGGCUGCCUUGAAGGUCGACUCUGUUAGAGUGUGGGACUUGAGCAUUAGUACCACCAUGAGUACGACCAAGAGUACGAGUGAUGCAUUGUCUGUUGAAGUUUCCUUUAUGCAUUUUUGUUGCGCUGCUUUGGUAUUCUUACUUGGGGCUUGUUUUUAUUAACUGCCAAUUAACUUUUGCUGUAUUGCUGUGGCAGUUUUACUUGGGGCUUGUUUUAAUUAUAGCAGUAAGUUUUGGUGUA